UUGUAACGCCAGUAUUACAGAUGAAGUUAAAUUCUCUCAAAAUGUCAAAGUUCUCUUUAGUUCAUCAGUGUUUUGUUAAUUGUUUUUCAUGUGGCUGAUUUCAGAGCUGAAUACAGUUGCGCGAGUUUGUUGCGCACAGGGAAGGAGCACAGGGAACGUGCUUCUCCUGUCAAUUUCGUAGCCUGCUGCAUCUCUGAAAAUCUGAGGAUUCCAUCAGUUACUUGCCUUUUUCCAAAUUGCGAACCUGCUGCUAGUUUGACAAGGAUCUUGUUCUCCGAAUCAUUUGUUGUUUGCUACUUCAAUCCAUGCCGUCUCAUCAAGUUGGUGAAUACUGAAGCCGACGAGCUGUUUCACAAUGAUCCAUGCUUUGAAUGGUGCCAGACAGUUUGCCACAGCUACAAUGAAACGUACAGCCACAGAGUUGCGGUUACCAGUGCCUUGGGGGGAGCUGAGAGGGCAAGUCUGGGGUCCUGAGGAGGGGCGUCCAGUCUUAUGCCUGCACGGCUGGGCAGACAACUCUGGUUCCUUCAACACCCUGAUCCCACUGUUACCGCAAGAGUGGAGGUGUGUGGCUCUGGACAUGGCGGGCCACGGCCUCUCCUCCCACCGGCCCCCUGGAGUCUUCUACACCUUCCCCGCGUAUGUGGCCGACGUCCGGAGAGUGGUCGAAGCUCUCCACUGGACGCGGUUCUCCAUACUGGCACACAGCAUGGGUGGCAAUGUAUCAGGAAUGUUCAGUGCAGCGUUCCCUGAUAUGGUGGAGGCUCUGGUGCUGCUGGACUCCUAUGGAUUCUACCCCACUGUCACGAAGGAGCUGCCUGGUAUCCUGAAGCAGGGCAUGGAGGAGAUGCUGCAGGUGGAGAAGAGGGAGAGAGAGGGGAAGAAGGAGAAGAUCUACACCCACCAGAACGCCAUGCAGAGGUUAAUGGCAGCCAACCCCCACUUAACAGAGCAGUCAGCUCAGCAUCUUCUGAAAAGGGGAUCAAGAGAGGUUGAAGGCGGGUUCGUGUUCACCAGGGACUUGAGGAUCAACCUGAAAAACGUGACCCGCAUUAGUCUGGAGCAGAGCUUAGAGCUGCAGUCCAGGAUCCAGGCCCGUGUGCUGGUCUUAUUGGCUGAAGCAGGUCUGAAUAAACUCUUUCCUCUGCCUGAGGGCUGCUCAGAGGGCCUCAUGAACGGCUACCAGAACAGUAAGAACAUGAAGGUUAUGACCGUUCCAGGGGAUCACCACGUCCACAUGAACCAGCCGGAGGUCGUGGCGUCCAUCAUCACUGACUUCCUGCUGUCCGCCACUGACAGCACUGCCAAGUUAUAACACUGAGAUUACACACACACACACACACAAACUCAAUGACACACACACACACACACACACACACACACACACACACACACACACGCAUACACACACACACACACACACACACACACACGCGCGCACACACACACACACACACGCACACACCCACACCACUACCACCAUAUUACACCUACAAACAAAUGGAGCAUUAGACAUGAUGACAUGCAAUUAAGCACUGACGCACACACACACACACACAGAUUAAUCGUGAGACUGGAAACUUUCUGUGUACUCCAGUGCACUACUAAUCAAAGUUUAAAUGUAUUUAUUUGUCAGUUAAAUAAAAUAGCUCACACUGAUGUACUUCUCAAGAGGCAACGAGAAGGCUUCUUAUCAUGUUUCAUACAUUGUUUGUAUUUAGCUUCUUAAUUUCAGACAAUUAUACAGUAAUAUGCAUAACGGUGACUGGAACAAACUAUUAAAAAAAAACAUUUUAUAGAAUGCCGUUAUUGAGGAGCUGCCUCUUUUUUUAAAAGUAACUGUAUCUAAAAUCGUUUAUAUUUUUUAUGCAUAACAAAAACUACAAUACAGCCUUGAGAAAAUUAAUUCCAUUCAUUGAUGUUACACGAACCGUUUCUGUGUACUGUAACACUAACAUAUUUAAGUUUUUGUUUUAAUAUUGUUAAAAUAUUUUGUAUAUCAAUGCCGUUUUCAGCUGUUGUUGGGGGGCUGUUUGAUGUUUCAUAGUCAUAGUAUAUCUGAAUGUGUGCAUGUCAGUCUGCCAAACCAACCGUGCCUUUUUCCUGUUGUUUCUAACUGCAUAUCAAUAAAACUUGCCAUCAAGUC